AACCGGUUGUGAGUUAGUUGCUAGAGAGAGGAGAGAGGCGCAGGCACCACAACCUUUAUACCACCCUGCUGGAAAAUCACAAGAGUAACGAAUUAAUAAGUGAAUAACGGUUUUACUUUUAUUUUUUCGUAAAAUGUAUCGGAAAAGAAGCGUGCUCGGUUUUCCGUAACUCUAGUUUUGGAAAUCUAACAUUCUUACCAGCUAGGCAUCAUUCGCUGCUGGAGCUGGAGCUAGUCAACGCUGAAACAGCGCAAUAAUAGGAAAUAUUUUCAAAUUAACAGUGGAGUGUUUCACUGUUAACCUUGUAGCUUCUUUUGGCAAACGCCGCUCUUUUGAGUCAGAGCCUUGGACUUUUAGAACUCUAUGCCAGCAGUUAUGACAAUGUUAGCAGACCAUGCAGCACAACAGCUGCUGGACUUCAACCAGAAAUUGGAUAUCAACCUGCUGGAUAAUGUUGUGAACUGCCUGUACCAUGGCGUGGGACCUCAGCAAAGAAUGGCGCAGGAAGUGUUGACACACUUAAAAGAGCAUCCAGAUGCAUGGACAAGAGUGGACACCAUCCUGGAGUUUUCUCAAAACAUGAACACCAAAUACUAUGCUCUUCAGAUACUGGAAACAGUUAUCAAAACAAGAUGGAAGAUUCUGCCCCGAAAUCAAUGUGAAGGUAUAAAAAAGUAUGUUGUUGGGCUCAUUAUUAAGACUUCAUCGGAUGCUUCAAGUGUAGAGAAAGAGAAAGUGUACAUUGGAAAGCUGAACAUGAUCCUGGUUCAGAUCCUAAAGCAGGAGUGGCCCAAACACUGGCCCACCUUCAUCAGUGACAUUGUAGGUGCAAGCCGCACCAGUGAGAGCCUCUGUCAGAACAACAUGAUUAUUCUAAAGCUGCUCAGCGAGGAAGUCUUUGACUUUUCCAGCGGACAGAUGACCCAGGUCAAGGCAAAGCACCUGAAAGACAGCAUGUGCAAUGAAUUCUCCCAGAUAUUCCAGCUUUGCCAGUUUGUCAUGGAAAAUUCCCAGAAUGCCCCUUUGGUCCACGCUACCCUGGAGACACUCCUGCGUUUCCUCAACUGGAUCCCGCUGGGAUACAUCUUUGAAACCAAACUAAUCAGCACAUUGGUGUAUAAGUUCCUGAACGUUCCCAUGUUCCGCAACGUGACGUUAAAGUGCCUAACGGAGAUAGCUGGAGUGAGCGUGAGCCAGUAUGAGGAACAGUUUGUUACGCUCUUCACUCUGACCAUGUGUCAGCUCAAACAGAUGCUGCCUCUGAACACCAACAUUCGGCUGGCCUACGCCAACGGAAAAGAUGAUGAGCAGAACUUCAUCCAGAACCUCAGUCUGUUUCUGUGUACCUUCCUUAAAGAGCACGGGCAGCUCAUUGAAAAGCGACUGAACCUCAGAGAGACGCUAAUGGAGGCGCUCCACUACAUGCUCCUGGUGUCAGAGGUCGAAGAGACUGAGAUCUUUAAAAUUUGUCUGGAGUAUUGGAACCACCUGGCAGCUGAACUUUACAGAGAGAGCCCGUUCUCCACAUCCACGUCCCCACUGCUCUCUGGCAACCAGCACUUUGACGUGCCGCCUCGCAGACAGCUCUACCUCCCUGUUCUCUCCAAGGUGCGUCUCCUGAUGGUUAGUCGGAUGGCCAAGCCAGAGGAGGUCCUGGUGGUGGAGAAUGAUCAGGGGGAGGUUGUCCGGGAGUUCAUGAAGGACACAGAUUCCAUCAACCUCUACAAGAACAUGAGGGAAACCCUUGUGUACCUGACUCACUUGGAUUAUGCGGACACAGAACGUAUAAUGACAGAGAAGCUUCACAACCAGGUGAAUGGGUCCGAAUGGUCCUGGAAAAACCUCAACACGUUGUGCUGGGCCAUCGGAUCAAUCAGCGGGGCCAUGCAUGAGGAGGAUGAGAAGAGAUUCCUUGUUACUGUCAUCAAGGAUCUGUUGGGUCUGUGUGAGCAGAAGAGAGGAAAAGACAACAAGGCCAUCAUCGCUUCAAACAUCAUGUACAUCGUUGGCCAGUAUCCACGUUUCCUCAGAGCCCACUGGAAGUUCCUUAAAACUGUUGUCAACAAGCUUUUUGAAUUCAUGCACGAGACCCAUGAUGGAGUUCAGGACAUGGCAUGUGACACCUUCAUUAAGAUAGCCCAGAAGUGCAGACGCCAUUUUAUCCAGGUGCAGGUGGGAGAGGUGAUGCCCUUUAUUGAUGAGAUCCUGAACAACAUCAACACCAUCAUCUGUGACCUCCAGCCUCAGCAGGUGCAUACGUUUUAUGAGGCAGUGGGUUAUAUGAUUGGAGCCCAGACAGACCAGGCUGUUCAGGAGCACUUGAUAGAAAAAUACAUGCUGCUGCCCAAUCAGGUGUGGGACAGCAUCAUCCAGCAGGCCACAAAGAAUGUCGACAUCUUGAAGGACCCAGAGACAGUCAAACAGCUGGGCAGCAUCUUGAAGACCAACGUACGAGCCUGCAAGGCUGUGGGACACCCUUUCGUGAUCCAGCUGGGUCGGAUUUAUCUGGACAUGCUCAACGUCUACAAGUGUCUCAGCGAGAACAUCUCUGCUGCUAUUCAGACAAACGGUGAGAUGGUGACGAAGCAGCCACUGAUCCGGAGUAUGAGAACAGUGAAACGAGAGACGCUGAAACUGAUCUCAGGCUGGGUCAGCCGAUCAAACGAUCCGCAGAUGGUCGGCGAGAACUUUGUACCCCCGCUCCUGGAUGCCGUCCUCAUAGACUACCAGCGAAACGUUCCCGCAGCGCGAGAACCAGAGGUGCUCAGCACCAUGGCAACCAUUGUCAACAAGCUGGGAGGUCACAUCACCAGUGAGAUCCCCCAGAUCUUUGACGCCGUCUUUGAGUGCACGCUAAACAUGAUCAACAAGAACUUUGAGGAGUAUCCAGAGCACCGGACCCACUUCUUCUACUUACUUCAAGCGGUAAACUCUCACUGCUUCCCAGCAUUCCUGGCAAUCCCUCCCGCCCAGUUUAAACUGGUCCUGGACUCCAUCAUUUGGGCCUUCAAACACACCAUGAGGAACGUGGCUGACACUGGUCUGCAGAUUCUGUACACGAUGCUGCAGAAUGUGGCCCAGGAGGAAGCUGCUGCUCAGAGUUUCUACCAGACGUAUUUCUGUGAUAUCCUGCAGCACAUCUUCUCUGUGGUGACUGACACCUCACACACUGCCGGUCUGACUAUGCACGCGUCCAUCCUGGCAUACAUGUUCAACCUGGUAGAGGAAGGAAAGAUCACUGUAGGUCUGAACCCAGGCAAUCCCACCAACAACCAGGUGUUCAUUCAGGAAUAUGUGGCCAACCUGCUGAAGACUGCUUUCUCCCACCUACAGGAUGCCCAGGUGAAAGUGUUUGUGACGGGGUUGUUCAGUCUAAACCAGGACAUUCCUGCAUUCAAAGAGCACCUGAGGGACUUCCUAGUGCAGAUAAAGGAGUUUGCAGGCGAGGACACCUCAGACCUGUUUCUGGAGGAGAGGGAAGCAUCGCUCCGUCAGGCCCAGGAGGAGAAACACAAGAUCCAGAUGUCUGUGCCGGGCAUCCUGAACCCUCAUGAAAUCCCAGAGGAGAUGUGUGACUGAGCUUCAGCUCCGGCAAACUUGUACAGUAUCCAAACAACAAACAAACCCUAAUCACAACAAAACCUAAGAGAGGCACUUGGUGGAGUAUGGUGGGAGGUAGCCCCGCCCACCCUCUACAGAGCGGGCUGUCCCAUUGGAUGUUUGUUGACCAAAAUAAUGCCAAUAUCAUGUAAAUGAUUAGCGUGUCACUCUGUGGCCCUUUUUACAUACUGUGCGUUUUGUAUGGAGACUUUUUGUGUAUUAACUUUCCGGCGGUAAUGUUUCGGUGGUCUCUGGUCCAUCCAGACCUGCAUGAUAAACUCGUAACAAUUGGGGCAAAGUUUAACCAUCUUAAUUCUGUUCACCUUCUCAUUAUGUUUCCCAGUUCUUCCCUUUCUGCAACAUGUGUUUAUAUGUAAAUAUGUUCUGUAAACAGCCUGAGCAGGGUGUUUGUGUCGGGUUCGAAGCUUCUGACGAUCUGCGGACGUGUUUGUGAGGCAAACACUUGGCUUGGCGCCCCACAGCUUUGUGGGGGAAUAUGAAUCUAACGGAAAACGAAUUAGGGUUGAGAGAUCCUGCUUCAUGUUUCAGCAUCUGUUGUUCAUAAGUUAAAGUUCACCUGAAAAUCAGCCUGCUGUCAGCAGGAGACUUUUUAGGGAAAACAACCAGAUAUGUGCAUAUCAUCCUAAUUGUAUAGCAUCUUGAAUACCAUGGGAACACUUUUGUUUUCUCUUUUAUUCUGUUUGUUUUUGUUGUGGGUGUGUGUGCGCGUGUGUGUGCUGUCGCUCAGUCGACAUCAGCGUUUUGUUUUCCUCUAAGAGGAUUGUUGCACAUGUGCGAGCCUUCAUCAUUGGGAUGUUUUCCAGACAAGUCGGGCGUAUUUAUGGGUUCCUGGUUGGUUGCAUCUUUAUAACAACUCCUGUUUAACUCAGAUGGCUUUCACCAUUUUCAACUGUACUAAUUUAGAUGGUUUACCAUGCAGUGGUGUGUCGGGACACUACCUGAUAGAGCAAAUAAAAAUAAAUUAAUAUGGGUUUACAUUUAAUUUUGUAUCUUUUGCAUACUUCAUUUGUACCUGUUUUAAGUUCUGUCCAAAUAAACAAAAAGGCUUUUUGUCCUGGUAGAACAUGAGUUGCCAACAAAUUUAAUUAAGAAUGAAUGUAUAAAUCUAAAUAAGCACCCAAUCUCCACUGGCUAAUUUCCCUUCUCAAGGUGUUACUUUGUUGUGAACUUUUUGAACUGAUUAAAGUUGAGAAUUUUAUAACCA